AAAAUCACAGAUGAUCAUACAGAACAGAAAAAGAGAGCGCUGAUGGCACAUAGGGACAACUAAGCGUUCACCUGGCAAAAAACACUCAGAUACAGUAUUCCAUGCCUUUUCCCAGCCCCUUCAUUGAUGGGAAAUCAACUGGAUCGUAUCACCCACCUAAAUUACAGCGAGCUGCCCACUGGGGACCCAGCGGGGAUAGAGAAGGACGAGCUGAGGGUCGGAGUGGCUUAUUUUUUCUCGGAUGAAGAGGAAGACUUGGAUGACCGAUCGCAGCCCGAGAAUUACAAAGAUCAGAGUCCAAGCAAGGACGGGCACAUAGUUCUUAACGAGAUCGAAUAUUCUGCUUUCUGUUGCCAGGAAUGUAUUUUCUCAAAAUUAAGAGAAAACGAAGAUCUGAAUAUUUAUUCCAUAAAAACUCUACUUACCAUGUGCAAACCUGGGGACCUGUUGGAACUUGUUUAUGUAGCCAACGAUCAGCCCCCGCACUGGGCUAUUUACGAGGGGAAGGGUCAGAUCAUUCAUUUGUACAAAGGGGAAAUCCGCAAGGACAGUCUGUAUGAAAUUAGUAAUGGACGAUUGGGCAGGAUAGUGAAUAACUGGUACAGAUACAGACCGCUCCCAGCCGAUCUGGUCAUGCAGAAUGCGUGCGGGCACCUGGGACUUCGGACUGAUGAGAUCUGUUGGACAAACUCCGAAAGUUUUGCUGCCUGGUGCAGAUUUGGCAAACGGGAGUUCAAAGCUGGAGGAGAGAUACAGACUGCAGAACAGCGCUAUUUUCUUAAGAUUCGUGUCUCUGAAAAUAACGUGCACAGCUUAAUGUUUCACAGUUUGGAGGAUGUAAUAAGAGAAAAACGCAAGGUGGACGCAAGCGGAAAGUUAAGAGUCAUACAGGAGUUUCCCGUAGUACCAUAAUUUCUUUAAAAAAAACAGCGGACCUGUUGAGACUUGCAUGCCUCUUGCAAGGGCUGCACUUCUCUUUCGGAGCAUUUUUGAUGGUCACGGUACUUUUUUAAGAAGUGAGUAUUAAGGUAACGUUCCCUAUUUGCAUGGGUACCAGCUUUCCAAACACAGAAUUGGGGGCUGUCAAGAUGUACCUUUUUUAAAUGUCUGCAUUAUUUACAUGGAGUAAUUUAAGGAGUCCAUUUUAGACCUGCAUUCCAGUCGGUAGGUAGUGCCUAUGUUGUUUAGCUCUGACACUCCAGCUUGUAAAUAGGCACCUGAUUUUACUUUAACCAGCAACCCUGUAUUUCUGAUGGUACGGACUGAUUCAAGGUGUGUGCGCUUUUCUGUAUUGUCACCACAUAUAGAAUGGAGAUGGAAGCGGGCCAUUCUUAAGGUGAUUUAAUACUAGCCAUAAUAAGUUCUUGCUGUGGUAUGAGAAAAUAAAUUAUCAUUUGUUUUUGGAUGUCUUUUUAAUUUUAUUUGAGAAAUAUAUCCCCUUCUUAGUUUUAAAUCAAAUGGUGAGUGCUAAUCCUAAAAAACAAUGUUAAUUUGUUUUUUUUAAAGUACUGUAGAAAUUGAUUUAUUGAAGUGUGCUAAUGAUUUCAACUGAUCGAACCAACUAUGCUAACUGAGUGAACAAACACAUUUCAAUAAUAAUAAAGUAUAUUCUGGCUUUAGGCAGCCGAUGGUAACUCUGCACCAUUAAGUUAUUUAAAGUAAUUGUUUAAAAAUAUAUUUCUUGGAGCCUUGCAAAUGGUCACGAACAUCAUUCAAAUAAACCCAACAGAACUACAGAUUCACUGUGUAACGUGUAACGAACUAAUUUGAAUGUACCGCUAAACAUCAAUUAUGUGUGUUGUGUGAAACUGCAGCAAUGCAUAUAAAUCAAUUACACACAUUCACAAUGCAUUUAUCCAAGAGGUGUAUCAAGCCCCCAUAUGUAGAUUUUUUUGUCAGAUUUAUUAUUAUUUUUUUAAUGGUGCAGACAGUACAGUGGAGUAAUGACUAGUCUAGUUGUAGACAGCACAAAGACUAAGGGGCAUUUUAUACAAAAUAUCAAACAGAUUGUCAAGAGGGAUUGCCCUUUUGUUAACGUAAGCAAUGUAAACGCCAGAAGAAGCAUAUGCAUGUUUUUCUUUUGGUCUUUUUGACCUACACACGCUAUAAAAUGAUGUCAGAAUUUUAACUUUUGCCUAAAGCAUAAUGUAUAAAUAUUCACACUGAUCUAUCUAAAAUGACUUGUCUUGCUCUUAUAAGGACCCUUAAUACAAAACAAAUAAGUAUGUACAGAAUUCACACUUUAGUGUUUAUUUUUGUAUGUCUGAAAACAAAACUAAUCCAAACAAACACUAAAAUGUGUUUAGAGUGUUUUCCAUAAGAUUUGUUUAAUUCUUAAAUGUUUUUUUUUUUUUCUUUACAGUGUGUUUUGAAAGUGCCAAAUCUAUCAACAAAUGUUGGUAUCCAUGAAACAUAUUGUGCACGUUGUAAUUGCACUGUGUUGUAGAAUUUAAAACAAAUAAAUAAAAGUAAAAAAGCAAACCCUUAUUCACAUGUCAA